GAGUGUAAAUUGUUUUCCAAUACUCCUAUUUCUAAUUUCUUCAGUUACGAUUUUAUCAUUUCUAUCAACAAAGGAAAAGGAAGCAUGAGAAACCAAAAAGAGGCGUGCAUUGAUUGUGGUUUUAGAAGCAUUAAUAUUAGAAGUUCGUCUUCUUCUACUGGUGAUGAGGACGUUGAUGAUAAUUUUCAUCUUAUUGCUAAUCAUCAAUUAUCAUUGCCUAAUGAUAAUCCUUUUCGAGUUGUCCCGGAACUCAUUCAGAAUUAUCAUAAAAUGUUAGCAGCUGAUAGUGACCGUGGCGAUCCUAACGAUGACAUUUAUUUGCUAGAUGAGAAGCAAAAGGACAAACGAAGAAGACAGAAGAAGAAUAAGCGGAUUAGUGGCAAGUUACAGACGUUACGGAAUCUUAUUCCUCAUUGUUACAAGAAAGACGAUGUCGCGAUCCUUGAUGACACGGCCAAGUACAUUAAAUCCUUACAGCUUCAAAUUGAGAUGAUGUCAAGAUGGAAUGGACAAAGCCAACCCCAGCAGGCUCCAUACGUAACUCCAACAUAUAUACCCGUUAUGAUGAGGCCUGAUAUGAUGUACGUAGGUGCAAUGAAUAUUAAUGUAUUUGGUGGAGUUCAAUCAAACCCUCAAGUAACCAACAAUUUUCACAUCUGACAAUGAUAUUGAGUGCAAGUGCAACAUGCGGGUGAGUUUGGAAGGAUAAGAAGCGAAUUCGUAGUAUCGCGGACAAGUUUUGAAACACUACGAAGAUGAAUAAUGGAUUGUGUAGCUAAAGUGAUACACUCCGUGCUGCGCGCGGGGCAGUCCCAUGUUUGUAUUUUCGUUAUUUCAUUUCAUGCUCUAUACACUUUGCCUUUUUUUAAUCGCUAGUUCGCUAGUCUUUUCCGAUUGCUAAUGCACAUUUUUUAUUAUUAAUAUAUCUAAUUUUCACUUAA